AGAGAGCUUCUGUACCCGCGUCGAGUUCAAGUGGCUGUCCCCGGGGGCAGAGGACGGGAAGGGGGGGCAGGCUAUGGUGCCAGCGCUGCGUUUCUUGGGUGGUGCCUGCGGACGGGCCCGUGGAGGGUCCCCCGGGGGCUUCCCCCGGGCGCGAAGGCUGGUGCCAGGGAGGUUCUGGCCGCUGCGCCAGGGUGUCCGCAGUGGCAGCACCAGCUCAUUUGACAUAGUCGUUGUCGGUGGUGGAAUUGUGGGGCUUGCCUCUGCCAGAGCUCUCAUCCUGAGACACCCUGCACUUUCCGUCUGUGUUUUGGAAAAGGAGAAAGCUUUAGCUGUUCAUCAGACUGGACAUAACAGUGGUGUCAUACAUAGUGGAAUUUAUUAUAAACCUGAAUCUCUGAAAGCUAAAUUAUGUGUACAAGGUGCAGCCCUCAUCUAUGAGUAUUGUAACCAAAAGGGAAUUUCCUACAAGCAGUGUGGCAAGCUAAUAGUAGCUGUUGAACAAGAAGAAAUUCCCAGACUUCAGGCUUUAUAUGAGAGGGGCCUGCAGAAUGGUGUCCAGGGCUUGAGACUGAUUCAGCAGGAGGAUAUAAAAAAGAAGGAGCCUUACUGUAGGGGUCUAAUGGCUAUUGAUUGUCCAUACACUGGCAUCGUGGAUUAUCGGCAGAUAGCUUUGUCAUUUGCCCAUGAUUUCCAAGAAGCAGGUGGCUCUGUUGUCACUGAUUUUGAAGUAAAAGAUAUUAAAAUGGCUAAAGAAAGUCCUUCCAGAAGUGAAGAUGGGAUGAAAUAUCCAAUUGUGAUAAAGAAUACAAAGAGUGAGGAAAUUCGAUGUCAGUAUGUUGUGACAUGUGCAGGACUUUACUCAGACCGUAUUUCAGAGCUGAGUGGCUGUAGUCCUGAUCCUCGAAUUGUACCAUUCCGGGGAGAUUACCUGCUUUUGAAGCCAGAAAAAAGCUAUCUCGUAAAAGGAAAUAUUUACCCGGUCCCAGACAGCCGCUUUCCUUUCCUAGGAGUUCAUUUCACGCCGAGGAUGGAUGGCAGUGUUUGGCUGGGGCCUAACGCAGUACUUGCCUUUAAACGGGAAGGUUACAGCCCCUUUGACUUCAGUGCCAGAGAUGCUAUGGAUGUAAUUAUCAACAGUGGCUUAAGUAAACUGAUUUUCCAGAAUUUCUCCUAUGGAGUUAAUGAAAUGUAUAAAGCCUGUUUUCUUAGUGCAACAGUGAAGCACCUUCAAAAGUUUAUCCCUGAGAUUACUACCAGUGAUCUGCUCAGAGGUCCAGCUGGAGUGAGAGCCCAAGCCCUGGACAGAGAGGGAAACCUAGUAGAAGAUUUCGUUUUUGAUGGAGGAGUUGGGGACAUUGGAAAUCGCAUUCUUCAUGUGAGAAAUGCACCUUCCCCAGCUGCCACUUCUUCCCUGGCAAUUUCUGGGAUGAUUGUAGAUGAAAUGCAGCAAAGAUUUGAGCUGUAAAUAAUGAAAGGAGCCGGAAACAUUGCAGCGUCCAUAUCAACAAUGAGAAUGUACUGAACUAAUUGCAUUUUUAACUUUGAUUUCAGCAAAUGGUGUUCAAAUCUCACUUUUAGGUAAAAAAUAACCGAUGAAUUAUUAAAAUGAUGUAAUAUAGAAAUGGUUUUUUAAAAAUUAAAGAGCACGGGGCUGGGGAUUUAGCUCAGCAGCAUAAGCACCUGCCUUGCAAGGAGGCAAUCGUGAGUUCAAUCCUGGUACCGAUUUAAAAAAAAAAAAAUUAAAGUGCAUACUCUUUUACUUUGUGAAUGGAGAAAAAAGUACAGUUUUAUCUGUCCUGAAUUUCUGAGUUCAUUAGUGAUCUCUUGUUACUAGUCAUGAUUUAAAGAAGAUUUGGCUCUUUCACAAUUUUGGGGAAAGAUGAGAUUUUAAAAAAAUCGAUUAUCAGCCAGGCAUGGUGGUAUGUGCCUAUGAUCCCAGCACUUGAAAAGGUGAGGCAGGAGGGUUGCUAGUUUUAUUAGCCCAGCCUGGACAACUUAGCGACUUAACAAGAUGCUCUGUAGAAAAAUUUUCUGGCUUUAUAACUGCUAAACUUUUUUGUCUUUCCUAGACAAGAAGAUACAUUGUAGGUUGCAAAUCUUUUCAUUUUUAAGUCAUAGGGAAGCUCACAGUAUUUAGAGCAAUGAUAUUUGUAUCUGGAAAUUAAAAAUUCUUGAUUUGAAGAAAAUACUAUUUCACAUUUGAUUUAAAAUUCAGUCUUUAUUAUUCCUAUCUUUUAAAGCUCUUUGUAAUACUAUAUAGUGCCAUCACCUAAUUUAAAAGCAGUGUACUGUGUGGAAUUAUUGCCUACUCUAGUCUUCUGUGGUUGAGAAACCAAACGUAUCUUGAACUGAUAGGUUUUUUUAAGACCGCUUUUAGAAUUCUGAUACUGAUGUAUAAAACUGUAAUUUUCAACACUUGAUCUCUUGCAUCUCUGUCCUUCAGUGACACUAAAUUUCUCAAGGCAUUGGCCAUGAUCACUAACGAUUCAUACCUCGUUGGUUUUUCAGAGCGCCUGUAAACUUUUAUGAAGAUAUUUCUCCAUUUUGGUAAAUAUCUAACUUUGAGGCAUUCACUUUUGUAAACCGCGAAAGUGCCUUAUGAUCAUGUGUACUUCACUAGUGUGUUAAAUUGGUGCCCAGUGCAAUACUGUGUACUGUUUAUAUGUAUGUGUGUGGGGUUUAUCUGAUGAAAUAUUCUUACAAUUCAGAAAGUUAGCAAAUAAAGAUAUAAAUGAAAAUGUGGCAGCCUGACUGGGGACACAGAACCACCCUUUAAAAGAAAUUUUUCUUUGUCUGUUGCAUCCCAUGUGCUCUCUCAGGAUUAGUCAUCUGCUCUUCAUUUCUUCCUUCCUCUUAUCUCUCCAAAGCGGUCUGAUGGAUGGGUGGGAAAGAUGUGCAUGCAGCUGUGAGGAGAAACUCUUGUUUUCCUCCUUUUCCCUUCACUUCAGUCCUUGAUGACUACAUUGACUGAGCUACCUCAUCCAUUAAAUUGAAAGGAUACACAUCAUCAACUCCAGUUCAAAAGCAGCACAUCCAAGGUAAAUAGACGGGGCAAUUACUCGACAAAGGGGAUGUGCGUGUCAAAAGCAUUCAGAAAUCAUUUGCAGACGGAGGAACAAGCAGUUGUUCAUCCUAACAACUGAUUCCAGCAAGAAAUGCAACCCACAGGAUAUUUUUCUGUUUUGUUACAAGACUACUGAGAGAUGGAAAAUGAUACAAUUCUCUAGUUUGUCAACAGUAAGACUGCAUAAACAGUAAACUGUGAAAGACUGAAAUAACUUUCCUAAUUGAAGCAAUCCUCAUUCCCUUUUGGUCUGUACUAUGUCUCCAAAAUUAUAUGUAUAAAAUUUGUUGAAAGUGUUUUGAACAUAUAAAUUAUUUUGUUUGUAAAACAUUUGAUAUUUAUGUCUAAGGAGUUUUAUUGUUAAAUACUGUUAUGAUAUUGAAGAAUUUUGUGUUUCUGAGAGAAGAAAAUGUAUAUUAGUAUUAAAAUAUUUUAAUGACC